AUGGCGGAUAUCGAUUUGCACCCCCCUGGGUCGGAACACCUUCGACGCCCCCAAAGACACCCUUUCUCAACUUCCACAUUUUUUAAAGUAAACUCCAAGAAACGUAAAGUUUUGGAACCGUUUAAGUGUAUUGAAGGCUUCCUCGACCCCUACAAAUGCCUCUCGUGUUGCAGCAAAACCCCCCUUUUAGCCCAACUCAAGACCCACUCCUUGACCAAAAUCCCCAUAAAUCGUCAAAAAAGUGACACAGUUUGUUACAUUUGUGAAAGUUGCCAUUUUGAGACUUAUUCCCGUUUAAUCCUCAUGAAACACAUUUACACAAGUCGGUGCAAAGUCACCGACAAGACCUCAGUUUUGAUGUUGAUGAAACUAGUGGAUAAAUCGGGAGAGAAAAAGAUUAAACUUUAUUGCUCGGAGGGCGUCCCCCCCCGGACUCUCCACCACGUGCAACGCCCGGCACUGCCGCCCCCCGACGCCCCCACAUUGAUCCCUUGCCACUUAUGCGAGUUCAAGACCAAGGACCGGAACUACCUCAAAACGCACAUCCUGCGGAAGCACACCCCCCCUGAGGCCAUCACAUGGCACCAAUGCGAGUUGUGUCUCUACGUGGGGAAGUUCAAGAGCGAUUUGAAUCGUCACGUGAUCAAACAACACACCCCCAGGGUGAAAAGGGUGGAGAUUCGGUGUAAAUUCUGCAGGUCGAGUUUUAAGACGGAGGAGACUCUAGAGACACAUGUCUCGAGGAGGCACACCAACGAGGUUGUCAAGUGGUAUCGGUGCGACGAGUGCCCCCAUAAAACCCGCUACAGCGAGCAUUUUAAGAGACACAAACGCGAACAACAUGCGGCGGAAGAAGAACAGAAUUUGCUCCUGUGUGAGCAUUGCGGGUAUAAAGCCAAACAGAAAAUACACCUGAAAUUGCACGUGAUCCAAAGACACACUGCUGAUAAGGAUAUCGAGUGGUACAAAUGCGAGGAGUGCGAGUAUAAAGCGAAAUUGAAAGCGAGUUUGAAGGAUCACAUUUUGAGGAAACACGCACCCAGUGAUAUAAAGUAUUUCGAGUGUGCCAAGUGCGAGUAUAAAACAUUCAAGAGAUAUCUGUUGAAGACACACGAAAUGCCGUGGAGGAUCAAGGUCAAGUAG